AUGAAUUCAAAUACAGAUUACUGGUACUCUGCUCCCGAAGUGGUCCAUGCUGUCAAAGACAAUUUCCCAGAGCCGGUCCAUGCUUCCAAAGACCACUUCCCAGAGCCGGUCCACGUCAGCGCUGCUGGUACAGAAUACAUGAAGACGGGCCAAUGGGCGCCAUAUCCAGAGUCGCAUUAUCUGGGAGCACAAAAUGCUGAGGAGCAUCACCCUGAAGAGCAUUACGCUGAGGAGAACCACCCUGAAGAGCCCCAUCCAGAAGCGGGCCCUCAAAAAGAGGGCACUAGGAAACGAAUUUGCGGGCUCGCAUCACGAACAUUCUGGGUCGUGUUAUCGGUCACUGCUGUGGCGAUCGUGGGCGCAGCAGUCGGCAUUGGCAUCGGUGUCUCGAUUGCCAACCGAUCUCAGUCUACUCAGAGGGACGUCCUCGUGAGCAAGUACACAGCGGACUUGAACACAUGUAUCAACCAGUGUGCCGAGUACAACUACAACAAUUCUACAGAGAUUGCUGCAGGUGCAAAUGCCUGCAAUACGCACUCGUUGAUGUGGCAAAGAGAGCCUGAAGUCAAGGCGCUGGCCUGCAACGGAUGCCUCUACACCAACAGUACAAACUACGCUAUGUCCCAUGGCACAGCCAUCUUCAGAAAGAACCAUCAGGUCCGGCGCCUGCAUGAAGGCUUGAUACAGAUCGCCUUCGGCAAUCACACUGCGUCCAAAGACCAACAGUAA